AUGACUACAUCGACCAUAACCCCCUACUCCCCCGUCGGCGACAGCGGUUUCCAGGCGCAGCAGCAGUACCACAACCCCCAAGUGGACCCAGAAGAAUUCUACCGCUCCACGCCAGAAUCACAAACCACCCACAACCACCACGAGAACUCGGCCACCAGCCCAAUAUCACCAGCAGACUCACAAGCACCGAUCGUUUUCGGCGUCGGACAGGCACAGGACUACCCACCGCCACCAUCACAAUCAACAACAACCACCCAGCAGCAGCUGCCAUCAAGAAUGGCCGACACGACCUCAUACCCGUCGCCCGUUGCAGAGGAGGGAUCGUCGACGACAACGACGUAUCCGCCGCCGCCCAUACAGCCGAUUUCGGUCGACAUGUACCGCACGUCGAUGGGCGUUGUGAAUGGCGAGGUUGGAGCGUAUCCAGCACCACCUAUACCACAGUCGCCGAGACGGAGGGACCCGUAUGCGGGCAUGGCGGUGCCGAUGACGCCGCUGACGCCAGCACUGAAGACGCCGACGUUCCGUGAGGAGGCCGAUGUGGAGAGGUAUUCGACGAAGGUGCAGAAGUAUGAUAAGCGGGAUUUGGCCGUCAAGCUGAAAGUACGCCUCGCCAAGAUCUUCCUCCGCAGCAUCAACUGCGCCUGCAGUCUCGUCGUCCUCUCGCUCGUCGCCUCCACCUUCGCAAUCUUCAACGCCACCAAACACAUGGCGCCGCGCAACAACCUGCCGCCAUGGGCCGUUGCGACGCCGCAGUGGCCGCAAAUCGUCGUUCUGUGCAUCGCCGUUGUGUCGCUGUGUAUCUCGCUGUAUAUCAUGUACGGAUACUGGCGGGGCGGGCACAAGCGUGCCGAGAAGGUUGCCGUCUACUGGACCGUGUUUGCCGUCGGCACGUUUAUCUUUACGAUUGUCAUGUGGGCGAUUGCGGCGGGGAUCAUGCAGGGGAGUAGGAACAGUGCGGAGGGGAAGGAUCUGUGGGGAUGGGCGUGUAAGGAUAAUGUGAGGAGGAAGCUGUUUGAGGAGGAUAUUAAUUAUAAGCUGGUGUGCAGGGAGCAGGACUGGGUUCUUGUCUGCGCCAUCAUCGAGAUCAGUGUUGAAACAAUCACCAUCGCCGUCUACGCAUUCGCCUUCUACCGCCUCGCCUCAAAGCGCAAGCUCCGCAAGUCCAUGGACGUCCGCGACAAAGCCCGCUCCGAACUCUGGCUCGCCAAGCUCCGCGAACAACAACAAGCCGAAGCCGAAGCCGGCGAACCCAAGAACGCAUGCGAUGAGACUGACGCAAACACCGCCUACAACAAGCUCAACGACACAACUGUCGAUCCAUACAGUAACCUCUCGGACGCUGAGGAAGGUCGUGCCGCGCCGAUGCCCGCACCGAUCGUGCUGCAGAGGCCGCCGAAGGGGAAUUAUGCGACCGCCCCGCAUAAGGCGCGUCGGGUGUCGAUUUCGCCGCCGAACUCGUCGGGCGAUAAGGUUCCGCCUACGCCGAGAUCGGUGAGCUUUCAGGCACCGCUGUCGGCGAGUUAUCCACCGCCGCCGAUGUCGGCGACGUUCCCUGCGCGGGUGCCGUCGUCGGGGUCGCAGAAGUAA